AUGGCUCUUGAGCACAGGUUUACAAAACUCUCCCUCCACCAGCGGGGGAAAGACAUGGUUACAGGCCCAAACAGGCCUAAUGACCCAACCGGCAAACCCUACGAACUCGCCUACAAGGCCCAAGAUAUUCCCGUCAUCCCCGAUCCUAGCGUCUUCAACUUCCAAGACAUCCCAAAUGGCGAUUCAAUAGGAAAUCCAAGCACUACAGACUUGGCUCUUCCAGACUUGGCUGAAUGCGCGACACAUCUCGAGUUUUUGGAAACACUCUUUGUCUUGAGGCAAAAGAUCCUUGUGUCAAAGGAUUUGGAUGAGGUUAUGCAGACCGAACCUCGUAGGGAGGAAAAGACUGGUGUCCAAGGCGACACAAAGACUUUCAAGGAUGAAAACCUAUGGGGGAGAAGACAAAUCAAGUGGCCUCUAUAUGCGGAAUUCGCAACCAUUCGUUUUCUUGCCUGGCGAGAAGGGUUCAACAAGUCCAAUAUUAUGGAAAUCACACAAGACAAUCUCCCGCCUUUGGACAUCCUUAUGGUCUGGCAUUCCUUCCUCCUUAACCCAAGACUCUUCUACAAUACCUGUUCAGAUGAGCCUCUUUUCUCUGUCAGAUUUCCCUGGAACCAUAUCCACGAGGCCAUCAAUAGUGAUGAAUGGAGCUUCACACUAGGUCCGAGAGCAGCAGCUCAUUACAAAAACAAUUAUGGGGAAUAUGCAAGCCUUUUCGAAACCUUUCUUACAACGCUUGCGGGACAACUCCGCGAUGCUGUUAUUCGACAGGCUUCGUUCGUUGACAAGAUGAACUCUUAUAUGUGGAUCAGAAGCCCUGCAAUCGAGGGAACCAUUCGUCGCGGAGUCAGUCGCUACGUCAACUUUUGUAAACUCAUCAAGAUGUCAAAAACCACUGUCGUGCCGACGCUGGACAUAGAUCUCGUUUGGCAUACCCAUCAGUGCACAGCGAAAUACUACGGCCAAGCAAUGAAGGUACUGGCUGGCAAGUUUGUCAAUCACGACGAUACGAUCGAAAAGCCCCAGCUAGGAGAUGGGUUUGCGGAAACAAGGGCUCUGUAUCGUGUGCAUUUUGGACAGGAGUAUCGUGCUUGUGGAUGCUGGGACUGUCAGGCCUUGUUAACGGAGCUUGAAAGAGUCUUAGAGAAGGGUGAAAGUCCUGACAUAGAUGUCAUUGCGAUGAAGGUGAAGGAAGAUGUCUUUUAUCAUCGUGCUGUGGAGUGGUCGAGAAGACAUAAGACAACUCUACCAAUGCGGAGGAUCGCAGUACCAUAG